AUUUCUUUACACAGUUUUUGUUUGCUUCUGAAAAGCAGGAAGCCAGAGCUCAUUAAUACCAAAGCUGGGACGUGUCGGUGACAUUUCCAUGUAUAAAUAAAGAAAUCAUUUUUGCAUUGGACAUACAACACCUUUAACACCAUGAGCACACCAGGUGACAUGAUGGUCCUGGUGGACUUCCAAGGACAGCAGGAAGAUGAGCUGAACAUAAAAGCUGGUGAGAUAAUAAGGAAUGUGAAGAAAACAGCAGAAGAUGGAUGGUUGGAAGGUGAAAUCAAUGGGAAGAGGGGCCUUUUUCCCAAAAUCUUUGCCAAGGAAAUCCCUUCAUUAUUACUAAACAACAAUGGGCAACAGUACCCAAGAUCCAUCAGGAAAGUCAACGCUUGUAUUCAGAAGAAGAAACAGAGGUGGUGCAGGGCAGACUAUGCCUAUAACCCAGGGAAGCCUGACGAGUUGGACCUCUGUCCAGGAGAAAUUAUAGAAGUUCUGGAAGAGAUUGAAGAUGGUUGGUGGCUAGGCAAGAAGGGAAAUCUCAUUGGAGCCUUUCCAUCCAACUUUGUGCAAGAAAUUGCAGAGUCUCCUUCAGAUAUGGUCCUGGAUCUCAAGAAAAAUAAUAAACAAAGACCAAAAAUGAAAGAAUUCACAUUUGUCCCUAAGGAUGAAGAGAAGGUUAAUCCACCUGAUAAUCCUACAGUUAACAACCAAAAAGUCAAGGAGUUCUGCAGGGUCAUGUUUGACUACGUUCCAACCAUGCAAGAUGAGCUGGGCCUGAAGAAGGGGGAUGUAAUAUCAAUUAUUAGCAAGGAUACAGAAGAUGAAGGUUGGUGGAGAGGAGAACUGAAUGGAAAAACUGGGUUUUUCCCAGACAACUUUGUCAUGUUACUGCCUCCUACCUCAGAGUUUAAAACCAGCAAGCCUCCAACACGGACCUUAACUUUGAAAAGAUUGCCAAAAAUGGAUAUAUCUACAACGGACAAGAAAGUUCUUGUUGUUAAUAGACCAGACUCGCCUUCCUCUUCAAAUCAAAAAGACAAAGUAGAUACAUCUGCAACUGACAAAAAACGUCCAGAUGUUAAAAGGCCAGAAUCACCUUCCUCUUUGGCUCAAAAAGGAGCAAAAACUGAUAUUUCUACAGACAAGAAGGUCCCAGAUGUUAACAGGCCAGAGUCUCCUGCUUCAAUUGGACAGAAAGCUAAAACAGAACUAACUAAAGAGAACAAAAAGCUCCAAGUAACUAACAGCUCAGAGUCUCCUGUCUCUAUAAGUCAAAAUGACAAAAAAAUCCCAGACAUGAAUACACCACAGUCUCCUCCCUCUACAAGUUUAAAAGACCGGAAAGAUGGAAAAGCAGACCCUGCUCCAAAAAUGACCAAUGCACCAGGAAAAAAGUCAGCACCACCCCCGCCUGUGCCAGUCAAAAACAAAUCCAGUCCUACAAACAAGCCUAGUGCAGAACCUCAAACGAAACCAGUGGAAGAAUCAAAGGAAGCUGGUAAAACUAAUACUUUAGAUGGGCUGAAAGUGUCAUCUGUGAAGCUGGCACAUCCCACGGCAGAGAGGCCCAAAGUACAAGGCAAACGCCCACCAAAGACCAAAGUCAUCUUACCAGAGAAUGUUGGAAAUCCUCCGGAACAUGUGUAUAAGAAGGAAGAAGAGGAAGAGAGUAAAAGUCCUACAUGUGCAAAGGUUACUCCAAAGUUAUUCAACUCAUCAGGCCAAGCACCCUCCCCUACCUCAAAAGCCAGCACACAGUUUCCUUCCGUAACAUCGGCUUCCAAGAAGACCACGGAGGCUGUGCAAAAUCUACAAGUGGAGGAACUUGCAGCUGAGAUUAAAUUGCUUAAAACCAUGAUGGAGAUUAUGAAAAACAAACACACGAAAGACAUGGAAGACAUUAGGAGUGAAAUAAGUAAUGAGCAAGCCAAACGUUUGGCACUGCAGAUGGAGGUUGAGAAUCUGAAGAAACUGUCCUCAUCCUAGCUGAAGCCAGUCCAAGUUCUAGGCUGAUCGCAUGGGCAU